ACUGCGCAACUCCCGCUACUUUUCAUCACUGUGCAACUACGGCUACUCUUUCAUGGCGUCCUGAGCUGUUUUCAGUGGAAAGUGAAGAACUCAAGUUAAGCUAGGUGGGCACUCCACUCUCAUUUCAGCUCCAUGAACUCUCGCGAUCUCACCCUACUCUCUUCGGCUACCAUUUUCGGUGCCUUAGCUUCUGCACUCGCUUGCCGCUUCUUCUUCUUCAACCAUUCUAAGCAAUCUCACCGAAUCAAUUCCUCUGAUAAAGUUGUCGUUCCAAGAAAUUUCUCUUCCCAGAGCCCUUUUGAUCCCUCAAAACGAAAAGGAUAUUUGUGUUGGGAUGAUUAUUUCAUGGCAAUUGCAUUCUUAUCAGCUGAAAGAUCCAAAGAUCCCAACAGGCAGGUUGGAGCAUGCUUGGUGACUCAAAAUGGUGUAAUUCUUGGCAUUGGUUACAACGGUUUUCCUAGAGGUUGUUCGGAUGACAAGCUCCCUUGGGCGAAGAAAUCUAGAAGUGGGGAUCCUUUAGAGACGAAGUAUCCUUUUGUCUGUCAUGCUGAAGUCAAUGCUAUCCUAAACACAAAUCAUGCGUCAGCUGCUGGACAGAAGCUUUACGUAACCAUGUUCCCUUGCAAUGAGUGCGCCAAGAUAAUCAUUCAGUCAGGUGUCUCUGAAGUGAUAUAUUUUGUCGAGAAAAGGUUAAAUGAUGUAAAUGUUGCAUAUCUUGCUUCUCACAGACUACUAUCAAUGGCUGGUGUUAAAGUUAGGAAGCAUCAACCACAAAUGAACCAGAUUUUACUCAAGUUUGAUGAGCCCUAGAGUCUAUAUUUUGAUUCCUAGAUCAAGACUGGUAAUCAUUUUCAUUCAUGCUUCUAUAUUCUCCUUAAAUCAUUCAAGCAAAGCUUGUUGCUCGCUGUAACUAUAAUGUUUCUCAUAUGUGAAAGAAUUCAAGAUCAGAUUUUAUCCGAGCUAGAUGUACAAUAAUCCAUAUUAUUGCAUUACUUUUGCAUGUUAUAUGUUAAACCUUGAUGAAACCUUUGGAUGAA